AUGUCUGAAACAACUUAAUGGAUUUAUAAGAGCAAAGAACUUUUGAAACCAAUUGUGGAGACUCAACUCAUCGGAGUGUCAAGAGCAAUCUUAGGAUUACCGAUGGAUCAUUUCUUUGAUCGCUUUAAAACUUUGAUCUAGGCUUCCUAAAAUAGCAAUUUCAAACAACUAUUUUUUGAAAGUUACUAUCGAAAUGGAAUCUUUCGUGGAAUAUUCGCAGGGUUCUCAUCAUAAAUAAGCAUUUAAUUAUUUAAAUAAUACUAUAGAUGGCCUAUGAUGAUUUUUAUCCCUAAGUUUUAUAUGGAAGUCUUGCCCACAAAGAUUAAGGAGUGGGCUCCUGCACUUCAUAAAGGAUUGGCUGGAAUAACGAUUGCUUUGUUUGAGUCCCUUGUAACUUGCCCAUUCGAACGAGUUAAAUGUUAAUUAAUGACUUAAUAAUAAUCAAAAUCAGUUCUCAAGUAUAUGUGGCAACACGAUGGAGGAAUCAAAGGGUUUACUAGAGAUUUGUUCACUGGCAUGGAAGUCAUGGUUCUGAAAUAAGUUGUUUCCUGGACAAAUUAUUUAUAUUGGGAUCAUAGGGUUAGAUAUUUUUUCAAGGAACGUCCAUCAUCAAAAUUGACAGUUUAAGAGAUUGUCCUUUGUUCUAUUUUUACUGCAAUUCCCAAUAUCAUCAUUGUGUAACCAUUUGAUAUGAUUAAAACAUAAUUUUAAAUGGAAAAUAAUCAUUAAAUAAAACAUCUAUCAAUUUGGAAUGCAUUUAAAAAAGUGUAUUUAGAAAAGGGAAUACCUGGUUUUUAUGCUGGUUGGUAGAUGAGAUUUUGUUAAUUCAUGUUCUAAGCAUUACUAACAACUCCUGUUAUGGAUUACUUAGAAAGAUAACAUGGCAUCCCAUUGGAAGUGUUAUGAUCAUUUAUAUGUAAUUUAUUUUAUACUGAAUGGUAAAUCUUAUAAAA